UCUGGUUGGCCUUCCACUAUUACAGAUCGAGAACUCUAGGUUCAGGCUUCAAACCUUCCGCGGAAUCAGAUCGAGUCAGUGUUGAGAGAGAUGGUGACGAAAACGGAGGAGACGCAGUUGAAUCAACUCGAGAAUCAGGUCGAUAAUGGCGGAGGCGGCGCGUGGGAGUACCUUUGCCUUGUUCGGAAGCUGAAGGUUCGUCGGUCGGAGAAGGUGUUUAAGCACGGUCUCUCGAUUUUGAAUGAUCCUGGAAAACGAUCUGCUCUCGGCCCAGAAGAAUGGACCCUAUACGAGCAGGUAGCAACAGCGGCUAUGGACUGCCAACGCCUUGACGUUGCACAGAAUUGCAUAAAGGUUUUGCAGAAGAAAUUUCCCGAGAGCAAGAGGGUUGGCAAGCUAGAGGGAUUGUUGCUUGAAGCAAAGGGAUUAUGGGAAGAGGCUGAAAAAGCAUAUUCAAGCCUUUUGGAGGACAAUCCACUCGAUCAAGUGAUACACAAACGAAGGGUGGCUAUGGCCAAAGCACGGGGAAAUCUUUCCUUAGCCAUUGAGUUCCUUAACAAAUAUCUUGAGCUAUUCAUGGCUGAUCACGAUGCAUGGAGAGAGCUUGCAGAAAUUUACCUUUCCUUGCAAAUGUACAAACAAGCGGCUUUCUGCUAUGAGGAGCUCAUACUAUCUCAGCCUACAGUUCCACUGUACCACCUAGCAUAUGCCGAUGUGCUUUACACAAUGGGCGGAGUAGAGAACCUUAUCGCAGCGAGAAAGUACUAUGCAGCUGCCAUAGACUUGACGGGCGGCAGAAACACCCGAGCCCUUUUCGGGAUCUGCCUGUGUGCCUCGGCCAUUUCGCAGCUGUCAAAGGGGAGGAACAAAGAGGAUAGAGACAUGGCGGCGCCCGAGCUUCAGUCUCUGGCUGCAGCUGCGUUAGAGAAGGAGUACAAGCAAAACGCUCCUUCUAAGCUUCAGCUCCUCUCUUCCGCGUUGAAAAGCUUGAGACUUUGAUAUCGGAAACGCCGUUUGAGGCCGGCAAACGCAAACGCAAACGCAAACGCUGGUUGGGUCGGUCGUGGAUUAUGUGGAACAUGCAUGGUAGACUGUACUAUCAGUUGGAGGUUUCUGCAAACAUUUUUGGUGUUUCUGAUUUCAGCCUUAGUGUCUGGUUUUUCUAUUUCCCUUAAAUUUCUGCAUCUCUUAAAAUUAUUGAGAUUCUGUCACUUGGUAAUUCUUUUUCUGUUUUUAAUUUUAAGCUAAUAAAAAAUAAA